CGUGCGUAAAAAAAAAAAAAAAGCUCACGUGGGAUAGCUAAAUGAGGGUUCUUUUGGCUUUUCCCGAUUUAAUCUUAAAUUUCGAGUGCCUUAUUAUUUUACAGCCUGUUUCAGAUAAAAUCAUCUUGCCUUUAGGGGUGAAAAAAAUGAGUUUGUUUUAUUGCCCAGUUAAAGGGAUUAUUGAACCCUAUGUGGGCCGACUUUAGGAGUAGACGGGAUUCUUCGCGAAUUUUUAGCUGCAUAAAUACAGCCUACACACUGAUAUUCACGAACGGCAAGUCAUGACAUCUCGCCGCGCACUGAAGACAGUGCUCAUUGACUUAAGUGGAACCCUUCACAUUGAGGACACUGCAGUACCAGGGGCCCAGGAAGCCCUUGCAAGGUUACGACAUGCUCCAGUGUCUGUGAAAUUUGUAACUAACACAACAAAGGAGUGUAAGAGAACCCUGCUGGAACGACUACGCCGGCUCCGGUUUAACAUCGAAGAGCAUGAGAUAUUUACCUCACUCACUGCAGCUCGUAAUCUGCUGGAGCAGAAGAUGGUGCGUCCCCUAUUGCUGGUAGAGGACAGUGCAUUGGAGGACUUCAUGGGAAUCGAAACCAACAAUCCUAACGCUGUUGUGAUAGGCUUAGCCCCAGACCACUUUAAUUAUCAAAUGCUUAAUAAGGCCUUCAGGCUUAUUCUGGAGGGUGCUCCUCUCAUUGCCAUUCACAAAGCCCGCUACUAUAAGCGGAAGGACGGCCUAGCACUGGGGCCCGGUCCAUUUGUGAAUGGACUGGAGUAUGCCACCGACACGCAGGCCAUCGUGGUGGGCAAACCUGAGAAAACCUUCUUCCUGGAGGCCCUGCGUGACCUGAACUGCAGCCCAGAGGAGGCCGUGAUGAUCGGAGAUGAUGCUAGGGAUGACGUUGGUGGAGCUCAGAACACAGGAAUGCUGGGAAUAUUAGUCAAAACUGGUAAAUAUAGAGCAGGUGAUGAAGGCAAAAUAAACCCUUCGCCUCAUCUGACUUGUGACAGCUUUCCAGAGGCUGUAAAUUAUAUCCUUCAACAUCUGCUUGAAGCUAAAUGAGUCUGCUGAUGCUGUUUGAAAAUUUGGUGAUGUCUGGGUACAUGGUGGGACAUGAGCAGGAGUUUUGGUUGGAGGAAAAGAUUACCUUGCAUGUAACACAUAGGAAACAGAAUGUGCUCCAGUAAUCUCCUGUCAUGCAUGUUUUUGAUACAGUAGGGUUCAACUGACUUAAUCACAUCAUUAAUCACAAGAUGGAACUGGUAAUAAACUUGUAGCUCACCUGUUAGAGGAUGUAGAGCAACAUUCUAACAACACCAAAGUCAUGGGUUCAAUUCCCAGAGAGUACAUGUACUGUCAUAAUCAUAAACAUAAGUUGUUCUAGAUAAGAACAUUUGCCAUUGCUGUAAAUGCAAAACUAGUGUUUCCCCAACCUAAAAAGACAUCCAUUUUCCCAUGCUUUAGAAUGCAAUGAAUAUUCACUCCAGACCAGGGGAACUGUACAUGUAGUCAUUAUAUAAAAAAACCCCCCAUAAAAUACAGAAGUUAAGCAAAACUACCUUUCCUAAAUAAAAGUACAUAAGAUAAAAUAAAGCAUUUUAUUUUUGA